AUGAAUACAAUACACGUUUUUAUUCUGAUGGCGUAUCGAUCCAACUGCCGCCGGGGCGUCGCUAAUACCCCGACGGCUCUAUUUAGCCCGUAUUACUUGCCGGGGGUUCGUGAAUACCCCGGCGCCGCUCAGCCCUAUUGGGCGCCGCCCUCUACGGUGGGCCGACUCUCGGCGCCCAUGAGUUGGGCCAGUGUUGGCAGCGAUGACUGCCAGCGCACGACGCUGUUUUUGUACCAUGUCCGGUUGGGGCGCCGCCCGUUGGCGGCACCCCUCCAGUAUCAGGGCGUCGGUCACUGCGACCCAUAUUGUGAGCCAUUGGCUCAGGUAUGCCAUCGGCCGGUGUCGAGCACAUGGGCUCUGGUAUGCGGUGGCCAGUCGUUUGGUAUAACGACGACCGACCGGAGGACUGGUAUUCAUCACAGCGUUUGGUUUGAGACUCAACUCAACCGAUCCAUUGAUUUGUGCCUCAAAUGGCAAAUGCGAUAUCAAUGUAAUGACGAGACGGAUGUGUAUUAAAUGCAGACUUGAAAAGUGUUUCGCUGUCGGCAUGAAAAAUGAUUUACUACAAAGUGCUGAACAACACAAUCAUAGAAAUGAAAUGAUUAAAGAAAAUAAAUCAAAAAACAAACCCAGCGAUGAAAGCGAUAAUUGUUUUGAUUUCACGGCUAAUAAUUCACAAAAUAAUUCAGUGAUUAGCGAC